AUGACAGCAGUAUCCGUUGUUGAACUAAAACUCUAUUUACUUCUUUAUGUUUUGGCUUGCACCGCGUAUGGUUUAAGAUGGCGCAAUGAUGAAGACAAUGGUUAUCCAAAUGAUCCACAUAUCGACAGUGAAUCAGAAACAACAGAGGAAAGUCGAAACGGAGGACAACAGCAACAAAUUGAAAACUAUGCAACAAAACCAACUGAAUUAUACUCGACGGUAACAAAAGUAACAAGACCUAUUGACCCUAAUGUUACCCCAGAACCAAUACCUAUGAACGAUUCAACUCCUGGGGAACCCAUGCCUCAGGUUAAUGAUAUUAUGGAUAAAUUAAAUGCUCGAAAAAUAAUGAAUAUUAAAGAUGGUGUUGAAAUGACAAAUGGCAAAAGGCUGCCACAACAAUAUAAUCUGGGUAAACAUUCUGGAUAUCGUUGGGUUCUGUACCGUGAACCAUUAGCUAAGCGUUUGCAGAGACUGAAACAAAUGAGUGCGAAGGGAAUCUCUAAUCCUUAUCCCUUUGUGAAAUUUACUCCCACAAUAUCUCAAACGUCUUUGAGUAAAUUGAUAAAGAACUUGCCUUCUAAAGGAAGGGUGUAUGGUACAUUCCCUAACCCGUCUCAGCAGGUCCGUCCUCAGAGUCUGCUUCUCUCCGGUUCCUUAAAAGGGUAUCCAAUAUUUAUAUCGAUAAGCCCGACAUUUAAGGCACGCGAUAUAAAAUCCGCAGCAGUAGUUGGAUAUGGAUUAAGAUCCCUAUUUCAACAUAGAGUCUUUCCACAGCUAGGGUCACAUUAUAACAACUCAACGAGUGCUUCUACCUCGCAUCAUAUAGUAAAACGUUCGUAUAGAAACACAUAUCGUGGUCGGCGAGGUCGAUAUUACAUUCGACGGAAGAAUCGUUCAGUUUAUCGCCGAGUACGGAGACGCCACUAUCGCAGACCGUUUCGACGAUAUCGAAGACCUAAGUAUCGCAAGAGACCAAUUUAUCGUAAGAAAGGUAAACGUUAUCGAUUAAAAAUUUAUGUAAACAGGCGACAUUUUGAAAGGGGGUACUCUAAGAAACAAAAGUACAAGAAAUCAAAAAAAUCCUAUCGGGUUCGAAGUUCUGGGACGAACAUUCUUUAUCACACAGGCAACUAUAAAGGUGGUUAUAGUCAGGCGUAUUGGGCAUAUUUACAAAAAUACUAUCCAAAAAUUUAUUUGCAUUACCUCGACGGGUCUUAUUCCAAAAAGAACUACCAAAAUUAUUACAAAACUUAUCUAACGUCUUACUUGCCAUCACACGUGAAAGGAUACAACAAGAAAGGAUAUCACCUUGGAUCUUACAAGGCGGGAAUAGAUAUCAGCGGAUUAAAAACGCCUCCACCGCCCCCAAAACAACCAAAAACCUUUAGACUGAACACAGAAGAGCCACACCUUGAAAAUAAUAGCUGCCCAUAUGCUUGGUUAAAGUAUGCCGGAAGUUGUUAUUAUUUCAGCCGAGACGAACUUAGCUGGUAUAAAGCUACGAUGACAUGUGUGUCGAUGGGCGGCUACUUGGCAGUCGUAAACAGUGCACAUGAAAACACCUACCUCAGAAACUUUCUCAUAGCCAAUGAAAUCGAUCAGGGAGCUUGGAUAGGACUUAACCAAAUAUCUGAUACUGAAAAGCAUAGCUGGAGAUGGGGAUUCAGCACCAAGCUCUGUCAUAAGUUUGACUGGUUUGGAGAUGAGCCGGAAUUUCACAAGCACAAAGACUAUAACUGCGGGAUAAUGUGGCACACUUAUAGAUAUCACUGGCACUUAGAGAGCUGUAUCAAGGAACAUUACUACAUAUGUGAAUUGAAGGCGGGAAAGCCAUGUAAAUGCCGAUAUUAGAAACAUUUUUGAGGUAUUAAAUAUUGAUUAAGCAACAUCGUUCA